UUUGAAGCCUUUCUUCUUCUUCAUCAUCCAUCCAUCAUAUCUCAAAUGCCAAAUUAGGUUUCUGAGAUGCUGAAAUUAAUCUCCUCCUCCUCCUCCUCAUAGAUAAAUUCAUUACUUUUCAAUUUCUAUAGGGUUUCCAACAAUAAUAAUAAUGCCUUCGGUACCCUCCUCCGUUGAAGAUCUCACCUCUGCAAUUACCUUCUCCUCUUCUUUCUAUGGCGGAUCAAUCUUCUCUCAUCGUUUGAAACGUCUCCAUAAGAGUGAUCGCAGAGGAAAUCUCAGCUAACACUUUUAUUUUCUCUUACUGUUUUCCAUUUGCCGUUUGCGUGCUGUUUUCAUCAACAUACACUUUCAUUCCGUCUUAUUUACACCUAAAGAAGAUUAUUAAUGAUCUAAUCUUCUGAUCUGGAGUCUGAAGGUUCUUUGAAUUUAUUGCUUAUUUGUUUUCUCACAAGUUUCUCUAGGCAUGUCAGCUAAAGAAGAAGAAGAAGAAGAACAGUUAGGUUUAGAAGAAUCAACUCAAUUAAUUUCUGAUAUUACUAUCGAGAUCAUGACUAUACAGGACAACCUUCAGCUCCUUCACAUUCAUGACUAUAACAAUUCACACAGCAGCACUUUUUCUUCACUUCCCAAGCAGUUGCAGGUCGAUUCCAGCAAAGAUGUCAGCAAGAAUACCCACUUUCCCGAAUGUGAGUCUGCAAAGAAGGAGGAGGAAGACGAUCAAGAACAUAAACUGAGUACUCCAGCGAAGAAGAAGCUUGUGUCAGCGUUAAAGGGUAGUCGGGAGAAAGAGGGGAUUUUGACAAAAGGAAAAGAAUUAUCGGUGACAUGGGCUCCAGACGUGUAUGAUCCUCUCCCUUCAGCAGCUCAAACAUAUAUUUGGAUUAAGAAACUGAGACCAAAGAAGAAGAAGAAUCACGAGGAGUAUAAGAAGAAUGGAAAAUACAAGCACAGGGGGAAAGUGGACAAAGGAGGGAGCAGUGGCAGCAGCAGUAGUAAGAGCAAGAACAAGAGCAUGAAGCUGAAUCAGAAACAGGGCGGCGGAGAUGAUAAUGAUAGAAUGUGGUGGCAGCCGUUAGAGGAGAUAUACGAUGAUUGAUUCCCCAUUGCCAUCGCGCCACAGGUAUUAGGAAUGAAACUGAAACAGACAGUAGUAUGUAUUUACUACUGAAAGGAUCUUCUUUAUGAAUUCAAUUUGCUGCUGCUAUCUUUAUGCAUAUUUAUGAAUUUCUUUCUUCAAGUGACUGGUGGCUGGCCUUAAUUAGAUCUGCUCUGAUAAAGAUCUCUAACAUCAAAGGAAGAACAAGUUUAAAGUUGAAGGUGUGUUUAAUUUGUUAGACUUAGCUUCUUGAGAUUA